GGGCGGCGCUGCCGGCGGUGCGCGGGGGGCGGCCGGGCAGUGCCGGCCCGCCGGGAGCCGCGCCGGGCGCCGGGAGCCGGAGCGGGGCCGGGCGCCGCGGGGGCACCGCGCCGGCCCCUCUGAGCCGGUCUGGCCCCUCGUUCCCGUGUAGAAACUCACCCUUUGAAUUAUGCACUUGGCCUGGAAGACCCUCGCUGCUGGCUCCUCGGGGACCCUCUGAGCUGGAACAGGAGAGGAGCCCGCCGGCAGGCGGAAUGGGGCAGUCAUGAACGGCGAUGCCCUCUGCCAGGAGCCCUCCUCGCCGCUCCCCGACUGGCGCGAGUUCUGCGAGCUGCACGCCCAGGCGGCCGCCGUCGACUUCGCCCAGAAGUUCUGCCAGUUCCUGAAGGAGAACCCCCACUACGACACCCCCGGCGCCGAGGCCUCCUUCUCCCACCACUUCGCGGCCAACUUCUUGGACAUCUUCAGCCUGGAGGUCAGCCGGGUGUUCGUGUCCGACUCGCCCACCAAGUACAACAUCGUGCCCUUCGUGGGGCUGCAGAACUGCCACGUGCCCUACGGGCGAGACGUCGCCCAGAGGAGAGAGGAGACCUCCACGGAGUCGCUGGACAGCAUGGACCACCCCCUGGGCGCCCACAGGUACCUGAGCCCGUCGCAGCAGGCGCAGGCGCGCAAGGUGUCCUCCUACGGCCAGUCCCGCAGCUCGGAGGACGUGUCCGUCCACGCCACCUCCAAGCCCAAGUUCAAGAAGGGCUUCUCGCUGCGGAACAUGAGCUUGUGCGUGGUGGACGGCGUGAAGGAGAUGUGGCAUCGGAAGUCCUCUCCGGAGCCGGACGCCGAGGCCGCGCAGGGCGGCCGGAGGGCCGAGAGGGAGCCGUGGCCGGCGGGGAGCAAGGAGCACGGCGACCCCCGGGAGAAAUGGACCCACAAGCUGCGGCUUUCCAAGGCGCAGUCCUCCAAGGUGGAGCUGGUGGACAUCCAGAGGGAGGGGACCCUCCGCUACAUGGUGGCCGACGACACGAACUGUGUGGGGAGCUCGCAGUGGCAGAAGUGCCGCCUGCUGCUCAGGAAGGCGGUGAAGGUGGAAGGGGAGAGGUUCCUGCUGGAGUUUUACGUCCCUCCGAAGGCUUCCAAACCAAAGGUGAGCAUCCCGCUGUCGGCGAUCAUCGAGGUCCGGACGACCAUGCCCUUGGAGAUGCCCGACAAGGACAACACCUUCGUGCUGAAGGUGGAGAACGGCGCGGAGUAUAUCCUGGAGACCAUCGACUCGCUCCAGAAGCACUCCUGGGUGGCGGACAUCCAAGACUGCAUCGACCCCGGGGACAGCGGGGACGACAUCGAGCUCACCGCCUGCGCGCAGGGAGCCUGCCUGCCGGGCAGGGUGUCCUCCUGCAGCUGCGAAUUCCUGGCUGACGAUGUGCACAGGCCGCCAGACAGAUGUGCCAUGCCCAGCACUCACAAUGCCACCUCUGCUGCCGCCACAGCCACCGUCAUCGCUGCGCCCCACGGCCGGGCCAGGGACUCGGUGGGGGAGCUGCUGGCCCACGUCCCGCUGGAGAGCUUCCUGCAGACCCUGGAGUCUCCCGGCGCUGCCGGCGGGCACCCGGCAGGGGAGGACAGCGAGACAGAAGCAGAGAUCAACCUCUCCGACUUCCCCUGGUUUCACGGGACUCUGUCGCGGAUCAAGGCGGCUCAGCUGGUGCUGUUCGGGGGCGCCAGGAGCCACGGCUUGUUCGUCAUCCGGCAGAGCGAAACGCGGCCGGGGGAAUACGUGCUGACCUUCAACUUCCAGGGGAAAGCCAAGCACCUGCGGCUGUCGCUGAACGAGAGCGGGCAGUGCCACGUGCAGCACCUCUGGUUCCAGACCAUCUUCGACAUGCUGCGCCACUUCCACACCCACCCCAUCCCGCUCGAGUCGGGCGGCGCGGCCGACAUCACGCUCCGCAGCUACGUGGUGGCCCAGAGCCCGCUGCCGGAUGCCGUUCCUCCACCGGCCGCAGCCUCGCAGCAGCCGGGCUGCCGGCCCGACCCGCCGCCCCCGCACUACUUCUGCAGCGCGGCCCCCGCCGGGCCCCUGGCCCCACCACCCGCCGAGGGGGCGGCCGCAGCCCCCGCCGCCGCCCCCCCGCCCUACCACCGCCUGGAGGGGGUCCUGGGCGCCCGGAGCCGCAGCGACAGCGCCGAGCGCCGGCCGGAGCCCCCCGCCGCCAGCGCCGAGGACUACCACGAGGCCGACGGCGCCCGGAGCCGGACCCGGGCCGUGGAGAACCAAUACUCCUUCUACUGAGCCCGGGGCUCCCCGGCGGGGCACAUGCCACCCCACGGGCACCCCGUCCCUCUCGCCGCCGAGCCGGACUCGCCGUCUCCACGUGCCACCACUGGCAGCCCCGCCACGAGCUGCUCCCCGCCGCUUUGGGGGGUGAUGUCUGAGCUGGAGCUGGCACCGUCCCUGCCCUCAGGAAUGGGAUGCUGAAAACAUCCGUGCCAUCUGGGAGCCGGCAGCGCUUGCGGCAGUGGCAUUCCUCUCCCUCCCGGGGCCGAGCAGGGCUCCCGGGGGAUGCACGUCCCGGGCCAGCGGUGCAAAGCCUGGAGGUGCCUCUUCCUCCAGCCAAGCAUCUCGGCAUGGUCCUACGGGGCAAGAGCAUGGCCCGUGUCCCCCGAGUCCUGCAACGGAGUCACCACCACAGGGCUCUGGCAUUUCAGGAUGCCCCAGGGAACGAGAGGUGCCCCCGGGCAGGCUUUCCUUGCGUGUGCAGGUCCACAAGCCCCCGGCCCUCGCCCCCCACCGCAGGAACCCCAAGGGGCUGAUCCAGGUCGGCUUCCCGAGGCCCCGAGUAAGUGUGUCUGAGGAAGGCAUUUCCCACUCUCUGCCAGGAGGUUUUUUUCCACCGCUGAACGUCCCCCGUUGGAGGAAGGCUUUUCCUGCUCUCCUGCCAUUUCCCUUCCUUGGUCCUUUCCCUCCUCGCUGGACCUACAGAAAGCCCCAGAGUAACCCGCCUCGUCCUCCUCUCCUUUCCGCGGUUUUUCAAACCUAAGCUCUCUGCAAGGGGGUCUGCUCAGCCGCUUGCCUUUCUGCUGCCGUGGCUAGGCGAUGACGUCCAUCACUUGACGGCAAACCUCGAAAAACACGACAGCGAGCCCGCGCUGCCUCGGGGGCCUCGUCUCCAGAGGCAAGGGGCAGGUGCCCGCCUGGGGCCCCCAGAGGUGAAAACACUACGGAUCUUCAGUAGAUGCUUUUGGAGAUUUUUUUUUAAUUAUUAUUUUCUUAUAGAUAUUGAAAUGCCCAGGAAGAGCCAGAGGACUGGGGCCACUUCCAGGCGGGUUAACAGCUAAAUGAAACAGAGGGGUCGGGUCAGGUCGACUGUGCGGACAGCCGGGAUUCUCCGCGCCUCACCCCCUCCCACCCCCCCCCAAGCAGAGGGGCGGUGAGCUUGCGUAGCAGCACGGCUGUCAGGAGGGACCAGGCGCUGUAGGGGCAGUUACAGCUAUCACUGCUUUCCCUCUGGGUCUCUCAGGCCCUUAGGGGUGGGUUUACGGGCCAGGACGCUUACGGGGAUUGUUUGCUUCAUGUGGGGUGAGAGACCCUCCUAAAGGGCAACUUUGCUUGCAGACAGGUACGGCAGCGGCAUGUCCCUCCCAGUUUGCCUCUUCCCCACCACGGGGGGCUUGGAGCUGGCUGGUGGGUCUCCAUGUGCAGCAGAGCCCACCACCACCAUGGACAGAUGUCCCGUUGUGUAGCUGUGCCCGGCCGGAAGGUAUCCUAAGAGCAAAGAGGGCACGAGCAGAGCCAGGAUCUGGGCCAAGACCUCUUGAAUUUGCCUGGAGAGCUGUUCCGUUGGGCAGUUUUUGGCUGGGGUUGGGCUUUUUUUUUUUUAGGUGCCUUCUUCCCUGAGCUAGCAAAGCGUGUUCUCCGCUCUCCUGCCUGAGCCGCUUGUCUGUCUCCCUUCAUGGGGGCAGGGCACGUGUCUUGGAGGCUCCUCACCUCUCCUGCCACGCUGGAGCUGCUGUUGCAGCGGGAUGGGUGUGCAGGCCAUGGCCAGGAGAAGGGCUGGGAGGUCUCAUUCCUGCAGUAACCACCACCAUCACCCCAAUACGCAGCCGCUGCGGCUGGCUGCAGUAUGUGCCCUUGCCUGGCACAGCUACCCAGCUUGGAGAUGCCUGGAGGAGCCUGCACAGCUAGCGGGAUGCUACUGAGCACUGCAGGGAGAGGCCAGAUGCUCUUGAUCAGGGGGUUUAAUAUGGACCUGCUUCCUUCACGCACACGUGGCAAAAGGUGGGGAGCGCCAGAUGCAGCACGUUGAUCAUCGCUCUUGGUCUUCGCCAAGGUUCCAACAGACAAGGUGGUUGUGCAUGGGAGCACUGCCUUAGAGACCUUCAUGUGUUGGCUGGUUUUCUGUCUUCUGUGUCACAGGAUAGGAAAAGGAGGGGGAAGCAAUGAUCUGCAAGCAAAAAUGUUAAUUUGUAAAUAGGGGAGAGUCUGGAAGAGUUUACCGUUCUGUAGAAUAAAUUAAUUUUAUUUAAAAAAGUGACUUGCUAAACAAAUGGAGAAUUUGACUUCCAGUUUUAAAAUAAAACCACUUCCAAAAAGGACAGCACACUAACAAGA